GGCCGCGGCGCCGUUCCCCCGGGCGGCGCUCAGCCGCGGCGCGGAACUACUGCGCGAGGGCGCGGGGCGGGCCGGGGCGCGAUUACCGGAGGGACUCGGGUCCUUCGCCGAACAAGUCCGCUUCCGCUCGGUGGUGCUGUGCCUGGGCGGGCCGGGGCGAUGUCGGGCUUCAGCCCGGAGCUCAUCGAUUACCUGGAGGGCAAGAUCUCCUUCGAGGAGUUCGAGCGGCGGCGGGAGGAGCGCAAGAGCCACGAGAAGGAUGGAGAAAAUGCAUCUGCUGAGGAAAAUGCAGAAGACAUAGAUGCUCCAUCUUCAUCUGGAAAAGGAUCUGGGAAAUCCCAAAGUCAGGAUGAAACAGAUGGAGAAACUUCAGAUGGCGUCAGUAAAUCAGUCCAUCGUGUCUUUGCAUCCAUGCUUGGGGAAAAUGAGGAGGAGGAUGAGGAGGAAGAAGAAGAAGAGGAGGAAGAGGAGGAAGAAGAAGAAACUCCUGAGCAACCCACGGCUGGAGAUGUUUUUGUGUUGGAGAUGGUACUUAAUCGAGAGACCAAGAAAAUGAUGAAAGAGAAGAGACCUCGCAGCAAACUCCCUCGUGCCUUGAGGGGUCUAAUGGGAGAAGCCAAUAUCAGGUUUGCUCGAGGAGAGCGUGAGGAGGCUAUUCUAAUGUGCAUGGAAAUCAUUCGACAAGCUCCUCUUGCUCAUGAGCCAUUUUCCACUCUUGCCAUGAUCUAUGAAGACCAGGGUGAUAUGGAGAAGUCAUUACAGUUUGAAUUGAUUGCAGCUCACUUAAAUCCUAGUGACACUGAAGAAUGGGUUAGAUUAGCAGAAAUGUCACUAGAACAGGACAAUAUUAAACAAGCUAUUUUUUGCUACACAAAAGCUCUGAAGUAUGAUGCAACCAAUGUGCGGUAUCUGUGGGAGAGAUCAAGCUUGUAUGAACAGCUGGGGGAGCAUAAGAUGGCUAUGGAUGGCUACAGGCGUAUCUUGAAUCUUCUGUCUCCCUCUGAUGGAGAGCGCUUCAUGCAGUUGGCUAGAGACAUGGCAAAGAGUUAUUAUGAAGCCAAUGAUGUUACCUCUGCUAUUGAGAUAGUAGAAGAAGCCUUCACCAAACACCAGAGCCUCGUCUCCAUGGAAGAUGUUAAUAUAGCAGCUGAGCUAUAUAUUUCUUCCAAACAGUAUGACAAAGCAUUGGCGGUUAUCACAGAUUUUGCAGGAAUUGUACUUGAAAAGAAAGCACCAGAAAAAGGUCCUACUGAGGAGAAAAAAGAUACAGAAGCAGUGACUGAAGCUCAGAAAAAACAGGAAGCAGUAGUUGACUGUCAAGAUCAUCCCACUAUUGAAUCCAAUGCUACAGCUGUGGAGAAAGUUAGCUGCCGCAUACCUGAGGGAGUUCCGAUAGAUAUUACGGUCAAGCUGAUGGUGUGCUUGGUUCACCUGAACAUCCUAGAGCCACUCAGUCCUCUUUUGACCACUCUGGUGGAACAAAAUCCAGAAGAGAUGGGCGACUUGUAUCUGGAUGUCGCAGAGGCAUUUCUGGAUGUUGGAGAAUACAACUCAGCACUGCCUCUCUUGAGUGCCCUUGUCUGUUCUGAGCGAUACAACUUGGCUGUUGUCUGGCUUCGGCACGCAGAGUGCUUGAAGGCUUUGGGACACAUGGAGCGUGCUGCAGAGAGCUAUGCCAAAGUUGUUGAUCUUGCUCCAUUGCAUUUGGAUGCAAGAAUUUCACUUUCAACACUUCAGCAGCAGCUGGGCCGGCCUGAAAAAGCUCUGGAGGCUCUGGAACCAAUGUACGAUCCAGAUACACUGGCUCAGGAUGCUAAUGCUGCCCAGCAGGAAUUAAAGUUACUGCUCCACCGUUCAACACUGUUGUAUUCCCAAGGUAAAAUGUAUGGUUAUGUAGAUACUUUACUUACGAUGCUGGCAAUGCUGUUGAAGGUAGCAAUGAGCAGAGCCCAGGUGUGCUUGAUAUCCAGCUCCAAAUCUGGAGAGAGACACCUCUAUCUUAUUAAGGUGUCAAGGGAUAAAAUUUCUGACAAUGACGACCAAGAGACAGCAAAUUGUGAUGCCAAAGCAAUUUUUGCUGUUCUCACAAGUGUUCUGACAAAAGAUGAUUGGUGGAACCUCCUCCUGAAGGCUAUAUAUUCCUUGUGUGACCUCUCCCGGUAUAAGGAGGCAGAGCUACUUGUGGAUUCCUCACUGGAGUAUUAUUCAUUUUAUGACGAUAGGCAAAAACGCAAGGAACUAGAAUACUUUGGGCUCUCUGCUGCAAUUCUGGACAAGAACUUCAGAAAAGCUUACAAUUAUAUCAGAAUAAUGGUAAUGGAAAAUGUCAAUAAACCUCAGCUCUGGAACAUCUUCAAUCAAGUCACUAUGCAGUCUCAGGAUGUCCGUCACCAUCGCUUUUGUCUCCGAUUAAUGCUGAAAAAUCCUGAUAAUCAUGCAUUGUGUGUCCUAAAUGGGCAUAAUGCAUUUGUAUCUGGCAGUUUCAAGCAUGCUCUUGGACAGUAUGUGCAAGCCUUCCGUGCAAACCCAGAUGAACCCCUGUACAGUCUUUGUAUUGGCUUAACUUUCAUCCACAUGGCUUCUCAGAAGUAUGUCUUGAAAAGACAUGCUCUUCUAGUACAGGGAUUCUCCUUCCUUCACCGGUAUUUGGACCUGCGUGGACCAUGUCAAGAAUCUUUCUAUAACCUUGGCCGUGGCCUUCACCAGCUGGGAUUACUGCACCUGGCAAUCCACUAUUACCAGAAAGUACUUGAACUUCCUCCUCUCAUCUUAGAGGGUAUAGAAACUGAUCAGACAGACUUGCGAAGAGAUACUGCCUUUAACUUGUCACUUAUUUAUCAGAGCAGUGGAAAUAUAAGAAUGGCUCAAAAAAUGUUGUAUACUUAUGCAGUUGUAUGAUGAAGUUUGUGGCAGAUGGGAAAAAAUGAUAGUUUUAGUAUUAACUCUUUUGCAUUGUGCAGUGCUAGGGCAACUUGUUUUAUGUACAGGUUUUUUUCUACAAAUGGUCAGAGACAUGACUUCUGCUGUAUAUAGUUGUAGGGACUUUUUUUUCUCCUUCUGAGCUGUGUCACACAUGGAAACAGGCUGUUCUGAGAGCAGUGCUGACAUACUUGAAUUGAAUGAGUGCCUAUUAUUAGGUCUGCUGUUCUUCUUUGAUGCAUUGCUCUGUAAGCUAAUACUCAGUCUUGUAUAUAGAAUCAAACAAUGAAAACUGGAGCCCAGUGUUUUUAGGAAAGAUUUACAAAAAGUGCAAUAUUACAACUAGCUACCAGUGAGGUUUUUCAAAAAGCCAUAAACCCUGGUGGUGCUUCCUCCCUCCCUGCCCCAUGGGAAGCAUAAAAUUGUUACUAUAAUACAGAAGAAAGAAGUGGGCUCAUACUGAGCUCUGAGAGGAGGGAGCACUCAGUAUUUCAGGAUCUUUGAAGUAUUUAUUUUAUUCUAGGAGCUCCUAUUCCUAGCAGCUGUUCAGUUUCAGGAGGGUUGAUUGAUUGAGAUAUAUAUUUUCCCCCUGUUUCAGUGAAAUCAGUGUGACCUUGUCCUUCUUAACUGUUUAAUAAAAAUUCUGAGGUUAACAAUAA